CUGCGGUCCAGCCUUGCGGGGGAGGGGGGGUCUAGGGUUGGAGGCGAUGGGCACCUGGGGCGCGUGGCCUGGCCUGCUGCCGCCGUCGCCGCUGUCGGUGCCAGAGGUUCGUUGUUGGGGUCCGGUGUGAGGUCUGGGUGACUGGACUCGGGCGUGCGGUGGGAUGGACUGGCUGCAGGAUCUAGUCCCCCUGCAGUCAGCAGGAGUAUGAGGCGAAGUGAUGCCAGGCUGGGCGCCCAGCUCAGAACUAGUGACCGGAGCCCUCUCUUUGGACCGAGCGUCGCCAGAGACUGCGUUCCCGAGUUGAGAGCCCUUCUCGGGUUUGGGAUCCCGCUGUGCUGUCGGCGGGAGGUCUCCAAGGACAGAGUCGAGAGGUCACUUCUCACCUGUCAGUGCUGUGGGACAGCAUCGCGGCCGGACCUGCAGAAUCUGAACUAGAUCCGUAAUGCCUCCGGCUUGCCUCUUUCAAGAUGGACGGGAAAUCUGAGGGAGAGCCUACUCAAGUGGUGUCUAAAGUCAAACUUUCCACAAAAGUAGAGAACACAGGACACUGGCUGGUGGAGGAUCAUGCUCGAAUAUGGGAAGUUUUAAAGACAGAGGAGAGCUCGAUUCAGGACUGGGGUGAAGAAGUUGAGGAAGGAGCUGUUUACCAUGUCACCCUCAAAAGAGUCCAGAUUCAACAGGCGGCCAAUAAAGGAGCAAGAUGGCUAGGGGUUGAAGGGGACCAGCUGCCUCCAGGCCACACGGUCAGUCAAUAUGAGACCUGUAAGAUCAGGACCAUCAAAGCUGGCACUCUGGAGAAGCUCGUGGAGAACCUGCUGACGGCUUUCGGGGACAAUGACUUUACUUAUAUCAGCAUCUUCCUGUCGACGUACAGAGGCUUCGCCUCAACCAAGGAAGUGCUGGAGCUGCUGCUGGACAGGUAUGGAGACCUGACAGGCCCAAACUGUGAAGAAGAUGGAAGUCAAAGUUCGUCAGAGUCCAAGGCCGUGAUCCGGAAUGCCAUUGCUUCCAUCCUGCGGGCCUGGCUUGACCAGUGUGCAGAGGACUUCCGGGAGCCCCCUCACUUCCCUUGCCUGCAGAAGCUGCUGGACUAUCUCAAACGGACGAUGCCUGGCUCUGACCCAGAGAGGAGAGCGCAGAACCUUCUCGAACAGUUUCAAAAGCAGGACGUGGAUUCCGACAAUGGACUUCUCAACACCAGCUCCUUCAGCCUGGAAGAGGAAGAGGAACUGGAGAGCGGAGGCUCAGCAGAAUUCACAUGCUUCUCAGAAGACCUGGUGGCGGAACAACUGACCUACAUGGACGCCCAACUAUUCAAGAAGGUCGUGCCUCACCACUGUCUAGGCUGCAUUUGGUCUCAGAGGGACAAAAAGGAAAACAAACACUUGGCUCCUACGAUCCGUGCCACCAUCUCUCAGUUUAAUACUCUCACCAAAUGUGUCGUCAGCACCAUCCUGGGGAGCAAGGAACUCAAAACUCAGCAGAGAGCCAAAAUCAUCGAGAAGUGGAUUAACAUUGCUCACGAAUGUAGGAUCCUGAAGAACUUUUCCUCCUUGAGGGCCAUCGUUUCCGCCCUGCAGUCCAAUUCCAUCUAUCGGCUGAAAAAGGCUUGGGCUGCCGUCCCAAAGGACCGAAUGCUGGUGUUUGAAGAACUUUCAGACAUCUUCUCUGACCAUAACAACCAUCUAACCAGUCGGGAACUGCUCAUGAAGGAAGGAACCUCAAAAUUUGCAAACCUGGACAGCAGUGUGAAAGAAAACCAGAAGCGGACUCAGAGGCGGCUGCAGCUGCAGAAGGAUAUGGGUGUGAUGCAGGGAACUGUACCUUACCUGGGCACCUUCCUGACCGACCUGACCAUGCUGGACACUGCUCUGCAGGACUACAUUGAGGGUGGACUGAUCAACUUUGAGAAAAGGAGAAGGGAAUUUGAAGUGAUCGCCCAGAUAAAACUCCUACAGUCCGCUUGCAACAGCUACUGCAUGACCCCGGACCAGAAGUUUAUCCAGUGGUUCCAGAGGCAGCAGCUUCUAACAGAGGAGGAGAGCUAUGCUCUCUCCUGUGAGAUUGAAGCAGCUGCCGAUGCCAGCACCACCUCGCCUAAGCCUCGGAAGAGCAUGGUGAAGAGGCUGAGCCUACUGUUUCUGGGGUCUGACAUCAUCACUGGGAGCACUCCCACCAAAGAGCAGCCCAAGUCCACGGCCAGUGGGAGCUCUGGGGAGAGCAUGGACUCGGUCAGCGUGUCAUCCUGUGAGUCGAACCAUUCAGAGGCUGAGGAGGGUUCCAUCACACCCAUGGACACACCAGAUGAACCUCAAAAGAAGCUCUCGGAGUCCUCCUCUUCAUGUUCCUCGAUUCAUUCCAUGGACACGAAUUCCUCAGGGAUGUCAUCCUUAAUCAACCCCCUGUCCUCCCCUCCAACCUGCAACAACAACCCGAAAGUCCACAAACGUUCCGUCUCCGUGACAUCCAUUACCUCCACAGUACUGCCUCCCGUUUACAAUCAGCAGAACGAGGACACCUGCAUCAUCCGCAUCAGUAUAGAAGACAACAAUGGCAACAUGUACAAGAGCAUCAUGCUGACAAGCCAAGAUAAGACUCCUGCUGUGAUCCAGAGAGCAAUGAUGAAGCACAAUCUAGACUCAGACCCAGCCGAGGAAUACGAGCUGGUCCAGGUCAUCUCGGAGGACAAAGAACUGGUGAUCCCAGACUCUGCAAAUGUCUUUUAUGCCAUGAACAGCCAAGUGAACUUUGACUUCAUUUUACGCAAAAAGAACUCAGUGGAGGAGCAGGUGAAGCUACGCAGUCGGACCAGCUUGACAUUGCCCAGGACAGCUAAGCGGGGCUGUUGGAGUAACAGACAUAGCAAGAUCACCCUCUGAAAGGGACAGCAUGUCCCUACUCGCCAAAGGCAGAGUGGGGCUACGAACGGCUGUGGUGACUGCAGCCACCCCCCAGUGUUGGGGAUCAUUGGUGACGCCAACAGAUAUUUAUUGAGUUCAGAUGUGCACAAAGCACUGUGGGGAGAGUGGAAGUGAAUUUGGCAUUGAAAGGGUGAAUGAUUCACUGAUGCUCUUGGACCUGGAAGUGAAAUACAAAAUGAUCCACAUUUGAAUAUAUAUACAUAUAUCCACAUGCAUACACACGUAUCUAGUGUGUGUAUAUAAGAAGAACUUUGCAGGAUAUUCUGGGUUAUGAAAAAACCAAUUUGCACAAUGGCCUGGGAAGUUGAGGUCACUUUUUACAGGGAAAUAGAAGGGACUGAGAACCUAGUCUCAUACCUUCUAAAUAAAUAAAAUCAGAUCUACCAUACAGAGUGUUCUUCAUGCCAGUAUUAGAAGUCCAAACUCUAUUUUUGUAAAGGGAGAGGAUUACUUUUUCAAUCACGUGCCAUCCAAUGAACAAAACAAACCGCAGAGGUUGGAGUGGCCACGGGCUGCAUGAAAGACCCCCGCGGGAAGGUUUGGAUGAGUCAGUGGUCUCUGCCCUCUGCCUGCAUUCGCCAGAGCUUCAGAGGCCUGCGUGCCUUGCUGGUCCCCAUCACAAUGCCUCUGGAGUCAACACAAGCUUGUUUCGAUUUCUGGAAACCCUGUUAUUUGUGUGCUCUCCUAAAGAACAUGCCACAGUCAUUACUGCACAAGAAGCCGUGUCCACAGCCUUCAGCCAGAGAAGAAAGUGCAGGAGGAUGGUGACUCGUCUGGACUCUCCUGUCUUGGAGUGCUGCGACUUCAUUGCCUUUCUGAUUGCCUUUUGCAUGUAAAAGUGUCUGUCUGGAGUCUUUUGCCAUUUGGAGCCUUGUACCUCUAUCUUAUGUGCAGUUUGUUCCCCGGGUGUAGACGUUUCUACUGUGAUUGACUGCGUUUGAUCAUUUCAAGCCUGGGAAAGAUUUCGGAGCAGCCACCUCCCAUAAUAACCCCUCAGAAAGUGUUCUCUGCUCACAACAGUGUCUGGUUUCCUUCUUUACUUUUGUAGCAUCCCUUUGCCUAGUCACAGGGAAAGAAGGGAUGGUGUGCCCUGUCUCAGCUUUUCCUCAAAGAGGUGCAUCCUUCUAGAUGGAAACAGUGACAUUCUUCCCUUCCCACCCACACCUGCUCUUAGCGUUAAUGUCAAGUGGCGUUUCUGUCUACAGCAACACCAUCAUGCUUUUGCUUCUGAGCUGAGCUGUGCUGGGGUUUGAGUGAAAAAGCCAUAUGUGAUCAGUUGACAUAUAUAAGAAGCACUUUCAGACUGUUGUCCCCUUUUUUAAGAAAAAAAUUUCCCCAAAUAUCAGUUUUUAUUAAAAAAAAAAUAAAAAGAUGAACCUAGGAUAUGAUGUCCGGAUUGUAACAGGGAACAUUUUAUUUUUUCCUAACAGUGUAUUAUAUACAGCUCCAAAAGGUUGUGUGGGGUUUGUAUUAUUUAAGUAGCCAUAUGAAUUCAACAAGAAACACCAGGAAAAGCUCAGAGAUUUGUGGCAAUGGACCAAAGAGAGAGCGAAGAAGUCAUCAGAUUCCAUUGGUGUUUCCAGGAGACUGGACCGGGCUGUGGAGACCGGCUAGGUGUCAACCAGUCGGAAAGCACUUUCCUUUUGUUGUUGUUGUUGGUGGUGGUGGUGAUGGUGAGCCUUGUUUGGUUGGUGCUUCUGUGCAUAGAGGGGAGAUGGCAAGGAUCACAGCCAUCAUAAGACUGAAGCAAACCUAGCCUCAGCCUGGCUUUCUCAGUGUCAAGGUCAAAAAUAAAUGCGGAGCUGUUGGCCUGGUUUAGGGUGUGGCUCCCAAGACAAAGGUGUUAUGCCCCGUGCUCACCCUGUGUAAUUAUAUGUAUAUGUAGAGACUAGAUUUAUAUUCUGCAGUGUAAAAAAAAGUAUAUAUGUAUAUUUACCUUUUUUAAAAAAGACAGUGGAAAUCCCAAGUGGAUAAAACAUGGCCUCAUUUAUUUAAUGCCACGUUAGUUGUUUUAACUUUGCUUCUGGGUGAACAGCUGGAUGUUGUUUCCAGCUGCUUGCACACUUGUCUUUCUGCAUCUCCAGCAUCUGUUUACCUUUUGGUUAAACUAAUAAACUAGUUUGGGACUUGGUUGGCAUGUGCUGCCAGACCCGAAGGG